AUGGAACUUCCGAAACUUCGCCAAGACAUUGAUAAUAUAGACACGAAACUCGUGAACUUGCUUAAUGAACGUGCUCGAAUUUCUUUGAAUAUCGGCAAGGCCAAAAAAGAAGCUAUCACCAUAAAUCCAGAGGACGAAGAAAAGGAAACUCACGUAUAUAUUCCAGGACGCGAAAAGCAAGUUUUUGAAAAGCUUCAGCGAUUAAAUUACGGUCCUCUUGCGUCUGAAUCAUUAUGUGCGAUCUAUCGAGAAAUUAUGUCCGCAUCAAUCUCCUUACAAAAGGCAAUAUCGAUAAGCUAUUUCGGACCUGAGGGAUCCAAUACGCAUCAGGCAGCACGCGAGAGGUUUGGUGAGAGUGUACAAUAUUUGCCCAAAUUAAGCAUACCUGACGUGUUCGAUGCAGUUGAACACGGUCAUUCAACGUAUGGCAUAAUACCUUUUGAGAACUCCACAUUUGGAUCCGUAGUAACAACCUUAGAUCGCUUUAUUUCCUCGAAAGUUCAAAUUAGGGCAGAGACUUAUUUACAGAUUUCGAGUCUAAAACGUGUCUACAGUCAUCCUCAGGCAUUUGGGCAAUGCCAAAAAUGGCUUGAUCACAAUCUAAAAACUGUUGAACGCGUGGAAGCCGGAUCCACUAGUCAAGCGGCACAGUUGGCAGCAGCAGAGCCAAAUGCAGCGGCAAUUGCCAAUAUAGGCUGCGCUCAACUCUACGGAUUGAAUAUUUUAGAACGCAAUAUUGAAGAUAGUCAAAAUAACAUAACUCGUUUCUUUGUAAUCGGCACAUCUUCUGAUGCCCCAACUAUCGAAGACAAGACUUUUAUUCUAUUCACAUUGGAUCAUAGACAGUCUGGAGCUCUCUGCGAUGCCCUUAAAGUUUUCAAAGAUUAUGACAUCAAUCUGACAAAAAUUGAUACUCGUCCUUCCUUGAUGCGUCCUUGGCAUUAUGUUUUUUUCAUUGAAUUCCAGGGUCAUAAAGAACAAGAGGAAGUCAAGAAAGCCUUGAACGAAUUAAAUCAAUAUUGUCUUGAUGUAGUGAUUUUAGGAAGUUAUCCGAAUCAAAAACCAGUAAGCUUAAGCUAA